ACUAUUUUUAGAAGAUUUCGAAGACGAAUUGACGAAUGACGAGAAAGAAUGAGAGUGAAACUGUAUUCGUUCAAAAGACUAGGGAGGAGGCGCUCCCGCCCGCUCCCUGAAAAAAAAAAAACAACUCCCGCGUCCCGCCUCCCUCCAAACUCCAAAACAAAUUGGGAGGGUGGCGCGGCGGCGGCGGCGGCAAUCUGUUGCGGAGACGGGAGAGAUGCCGAUCGAGCUGCCCCGGGGGCUGCCCUUCGCGGUGGACACGUGGACCCCGGCGUCAUCGCUGAAGCGCCACCGCUUCCUCACCCACGCCCACCGCGACCACCUCGCCGGCAUCACGGCCACCACCCUCUCCUCCCCCGUCUACGCCUCCCGCCUCACCCUCGUCAUCGUCCUCCGCAUCUUCCCUCAGCUCGACCGCGCCGCGUUCGUGGAGGUGGAGGUGGGCGCGCCGCCGCUGCGCGUCCCUGACCCCGACGGCGACUUCACCGUCACCGCCUUCGACGCCAACCACUGCCCCGGCGCGGUGAUGUUCCUGUUCGAGGGCGCCUUCGGGACUGUCCUCCACACCGGCGACUGCCGCCUCACGCCCGACUGCCUCCACGCGCUGCCCCUCCUCUCCUGCCGCAUUGACUACAUCUUCCUCGACUGCACCUUUGCCAGGUGCUCCCUUCAGUUCCCCACCAAGGAAGACUCCAUCCGCCAGGUGAUCAAUUGCAUCUGGAAGCACCCGGAUGCGACGGUGGUUUACCUCGUGUGCGACAUGCUCGGCCAGGAAGACAUCCUCAUCGAGGUGUCCAGGGCGUUCGGGUCAAAGAUAUACGUCGACAGAGAGAAGAAUUCAGAGUGCCACCACACCUUGUCACUCGUCGCGCCAGAGAUCCUCACCGACGACGGUGCCUCCCGCUUCCACGUGAUACCGUUCCCCCGGCUCUCGGAGCGGGCAUCCGACAUCCUCGCGCUGGCGCGGGCGAGGGGGCAGCCAGAGCCGCUGAUCAUCAGGCCGUCCUCGCAGUGGUACGCGUACUACGCGCCACCAGAGGCGUCGAUGCAGCAGAAACUGGUGCUGACGGAGCCGAUGCGGGAUGAGUUCGGAGUGUGGCAUGUCUGCCUCUCGAUGCACUCGUCUAGGGAGGAGCUGGAGCAGGCGCUGGGGAUCCUCCGGCCUAAAUGGGUCGUCUCGACGACGCCUCCGUGCAUGGCAGUGGACCUGAGCUAUGUCAAGAAGCACUGCUCCCUAUCCCGGUUGGGUCCUGAUGAUCCCCUCUGGAAGUUGCUCAGGAUAUCUGAUGGAAUGCCUACUCCUGUUGCCGGGUCCCUGCAGGCAGUGCCGACUGUCGUAGAAGCCGUCGGGAAGAGUGAGGAGGAAAUCACUUCUUCUUUUGUUGAUGAAUCUGGCUCUGGUGAUAGCAGCCUGAUAGAGAUCACAGAACCAACACUGGAAGAUUUUGAGAUCAAAGUGGAGCCGCCUGUGGCACUAUUCGGAAGGGCGAGGUUUGGAUUACUACAGGAUGAAUCUGAACUGUGGAAAGAUGAGUAUGGGAGCGCUGAAGUGAUCGAUGUUGUCGAACUCGAACCCAAGGAUUCAGCUACAGAAACUGGGUCGUGCAACAGUAGCAGGCCUGAUGAGAGCAUCGAAGUAAUUGAUUUGAAUGAAGUUGGAGCAAAGGAGCAGGAUUCAGCCGCAGAAUCUGAUUUAUUGAAGGACUGCAAAUCUGAUGAUGUAGUUGAUUUAACUGAAGAGGAAAGGAGUUUGAGCACGGAGUCUGAACUUCGCAAGGAUGUCAACUGUGAAGAGAGCAUCAAAGGAAAUGGUGAAGCUAAAUUGGAAGCUCAAGGACAGAAUUUGACUGUUGGCGCUACUUUGUGGGAAGUCUGCAGAUCCAUGGAUAGAGGUUCGAUGACUGAACAAGGUCAAAAUAGAACUGAAGCGAUCGAAGAGAUUCCAGCAAUGCAUAUUACAGUCUCAACGAAAAUCAACCGGGAGGCAACAGAGGAUGGCACGACUUCAUCAGAAAUUGGCAACAACAAGAGCUCUUAUGACUGCGGAGCAGCGAGUGAUUCCUCCUCAACUGUUGUCGGACCAUCAAAGGGUCUUAACGCGAACCUAAGGAGGCUGUACAGGUCGAUGAACGUGCCGGUUCCUCGGCCCCUGCCGUCACUGGUUGAGCAGAUGGGAGCCUCCAAGCGUCCCAGAGUUUCCCAAACUGCACAGCUGUAGGCUUGCAGCAGAUUAAUUGUUUUGUUGCUAUCAGAUACAAAUUUCUGCCGAACCUGUGUAGCUACUUGCAUUGUCACUCGACAACAAAUUCAGAUUGACUUGAUAUUUCGAACCAAACGCUGACUCUCUGCGUCAGUGAUAGUUGCUGAUGCAUAGGUUGUUCUUCGUAGGAGGAUAAUGCUGUGAGGCACUGAUUUUGUACUAGAUUGCUGAAAAUUUAAACAAAACAUGCUGGCCAUGGCUCAAUUUGCAUGCAACGUCCAGAAAAUCAGAUGGGACAAAAUAUGUCGCUUUCCAUGAUGAGGUUAACGAGACCCAUAUUGCCUAUGUUU